UUAGUUGUCCGGCAGUGGCACGGUCAUGGAGUAAAAAUGGUGUCUGAACAUUGUCACCAUGUUGACGCUAGCUCUGAUUUGUUUGUUGUGUUUUUUCAAGGCGGUCGUUUGUUGUUCUAGGCCUUUGUGUCGUGAUGGGAAAGUCAUAUGCAUGACGACGCAAGAUGUCCUGGCAUUUGUGGGCUCUACCGCCGAGUUCUGCUGCACCAUGGGCGGGGCCGAGACUGACCAGUCAACGCCAGAUAUGGAAUUCUCCUGCAAAAACACACCGGCCGUUGUCGUGGGUGGCGCGAACUCCACUUCCGUUUGUGCGAGGGUGGCGGUGGAGUCGAUGGAUCAGGGCGGGUUUUGUAGGUGUAGGGCGCUGGAUGGCACCGGGUGUGUUGAUGUCACUUUGCUGACUGUGGAAGUACCACUGGAGCCACUCACCCCCACGUGUACAGUCACAGCUGGCGAAAAUGACGUACUCACGUGCAGCUGGGCAGUUCCAGAAUUUUCCAAAUCAGAUCUCGUCACCUCAGAGCUGAGGAGGAAGCCAGCCGUACCCCUAUGUGGUGACGAGGAAGAACAGAUACUCCCAUGUGAGGCCAUUGACCAGUGCACUCUCCAGUUAACCUACGACAGCAUAUUCCUCAUGGACUGCUGGUACAAUAUCUCAGUGCGCAUGCGCUUCAACACCUCGCGGAAGUUCACGCCGGCGCAGGAAGCGACCGUGACGUCAUCAUGGUUCAUCAUUGACCCAUAUUCCAUAAUGCAAUUGACCCCUCCUGUUGACCUGAGACUGCUUGGUGCCAACACUUCCUGCGUCACACUCAACUGGGCAGUAGAGUUUGAGUCUUUUGAGCCGGAAGUCAACGAAGUAUCCUACACAUCCAGCUGGGAGUCAAUAGAAACCACACAAACGUUCAAAGAAGACCUUCGUGACGUCACACUCUGCGAACUUACGUCCUACACCAGAUACUACAUCAGCGUCAGACGUCGAGGUCACACAAGCUCCGUGUGGAGCGAGGCGGGUUUUCUGACUGCUACAACUGCUGAAGACAUCCCACUUUGUUACACACAGGAGGGAACAGAUGCCUACAACAUCCUGGUCACCAAGCAACCACCAGAGGGCAUUAUUUACUGGCAGUCCCCACCCCCACAGAUCUGGCAGAGCGCCACCGCCCUGGGCUACGUCGUUUACUCACGCGGUCACUCACCUGACCCCUGGCGGCAGGUGGGCUCUGUGGCUAGUCACGUGACGCAGGCGCACGUGCCGGUCAGCCUGACCGGCGUGACGCAGGUGAGGGUAGUCCCGAGGAACGUCCACGGGGAGGCGAGGUGUGAGUGGAGCUCCUACAUGCUGGCGGUCCUUGAGAAAGAAAUCUUGCCAUUCAACGUGACGGCCACGUGGGACCACGGGAGCGUGACGGUCAGCUGGUCACUCGCAGGGGGCGUGGACGUGUGGCCAGUGGUUCUUUGGUGCAAGCAGUCGAAUGGGAUGGACGUUUGCCAGAACGAAAUAAACUGGGCUAGACUUGACACUCAGAACUUGACAUAUCAAGUCAACAACUUGACAUUGGCAGAGGCUCAGCUGCACCAGUUUGGCGUGUCAGUCAAGUUGUCCAAGUCAAAUAUUUCAAGUCAAGUCAUCUGGACAUCGUGUCUACAGACCUACAUAGAGAAUAAGUUGGUCCUGUAUGGUCGAUGUCCCCCACCAGAAAACAGAACAAAGACAGUUGUAUCGUUUAUGCUGUCCUUGCUGUCAUUACUUGCCCUUGUGCCGGUCAUCGGUCUGGGAAUCCACAAACUCUACAGAUUGUGUGUCGAAGCGAAAAAUAAAUUCACACCAGAACGCAUGAACUACACUUCAGCAGUAAUUAGUAUCCCAGCAAAUGACGAAGAAGAAGAUGAAGAAAGUAGCAAAGGGGAUGAUGAUUCGGACGAUGAAACCACCUCGGAAUACGUAUACGAUGGGGAAUUGGUGAACCUGAAUGAAGACUCAUCUGGGUACCGAAGCGGGGAAGUUCAAGAAUCAGAAUCAGACACGGGGCAGUUCAUUUUUGUUGCACCAAAUGCUUCAGUUGUGCGAUACGCUUUAUGCAACAGUAAUACUUCUUCUGCAAAUGCAUCAGUCGCCACAAAUACUUCUGAUUAUGCUUUAUGCAACAGAAAUACUUCUUCUGCAAAUGCAUCAGUCGCUACAAAUACUUCUGUAAUUGAUUUAUGCGAUACAAAUUCUUCUUCUGUAAAUGCAUCAGUCGCCACAAAAACUUCUGUAAUUGCUUUAUGCGACAUAAAUACUUCUGCAAAUGCUUUAUACAACAGAAAUACUUCUUCUGAUAAUGCAUUAGACGCCACUAAUACUUCUGUAAAUGCUUUAUGCAAAAGAAAUACUUCUUCUGUAAAUGCAUUAGUCGCCUCAAAUUCUUCUGGCGACCUUAACGAUUCUGACGCCUCAAAUAAUUCGAGUGCCAGAAAUACUUCAGAUGCCUCGAACGAUUCCAACGACUGCGGCGCUAACUUAGAUAACUACCUUGUUACAGAUUUAGAGUUCAACCCACAGGAAAUACAUAAUCAUGACGUCACAGAUGACGUCACGAGCCGCAAGCAAUUCAUUUAUUAAUUGGUCUUUAAUUUAUUCCUAGUUUUAUUUUGUCAUCUAGAACCUAGCUCAUCUUCGUUUAAAGAGAUUGUAUAUGAAGAAUUAAAGCACUAAAAUAAAUGUUUGAAAAUAGUUUGAAAUAUUAAGCGUGAUAAUUUGUUGAUUCUUCUAAACAUUAUUGUUUAAAAAGAAAACGCAUUUAUUGAUUUAGAUUGCGAUAUUAUUACAACAUUAUUACAAGACUUUAGCACUAUAUCAUAUUGCUUAUUAUUAACGCUUGCUUUUAAAAAAAAAUAAUGUCUAGCCUACAAAUUACUUUGAAAAAGAAACUAAAUAUCAAAUUAACGAUAAACGUAUGCACCUUUUAACUCUUGUUAAACAAUAUUACAUUUAGAAGUACCAAAUCAACAUCAUAAUCUUAACUAUCCGAACUAUUCGAUCAAAGUAAGACUGAAAAUGCUAUUUAAAAAGCAUUCAUAGCCUUUUUUUUUACCAGCCUAUAAUUUCUACAAUCUGUUCACCCAUACCCCCCCCCCGUCACAUAAGCUUGCUUUGAUUUGCUUGGCUCCAGAGUUUCUUCCAGGC